AUGAAGUUCCUGUUGGAGUUGGGGUCGUGUUACCGUUCUUCGUCGUCGUUGAAGCAAACUCAAGAUCAUGAGAUGAUCAAAAGCCGUGUGAGAAGAUCAAAAUCUGCAGAGUCUGCUCAACAAUGGAGGCCAGCUCUUGUUGCAAUCUCAGAGGAUGUGGUUGCUUCUGGUCACGAGGGUAAGGCUCAGUCUGAGAAGAUAUCGUCCAAGAAAGGACGUAAGGCCAAGGCUCGAAGCCUCAGUUGCAUUAGUCACGACGAGCUCUCCGGGGGAAACAAUGCGCCUGUGUUCGUACCUGCAGCGUUUGCAGCAACCCCCUUCAUGUUCUGA